CUCUGGACGUCACUAGUUACCACAGACACAAAGUCAUAAACCCCGCAUAUUUCUAGUUUCUCUUCUUAAAAUGUGAUUUUGACCCUAACCAUACUCACAUAUUUCUAGCCUUACGCCUAAACCUGGAAUUAAGACCAAAGAGCGAAUGUUGUUUUUGACCAACUUUGUGGCUGUGGUUACUAGUGAAACCCCAACCCUCGAGUGAAAGGACAGCGUAUUUACGUGGCACGCUCAAUAGCUAAAUUGAGUUACGAGCGGGAGAUUUUUGUUCAAGGAAAUCAGGAGAAACUGGUGACAUACCUCGCCUGUCCAUAAAAAAAGAUGGCUAUGAGAAGCGAGGCCAGGGUAGAGGCAGAGGUAGAGGAGGAGAGCUUUGGACCACAGCCACUGAGCAGACUUGAGCAAUGUGGCAUCAGUGCCAGUGACCUAAAGAAACUGGAGGAUGCAGGGUUCCACACCAUUGAGGCAGUGGCCUAUGCCCCCAAGAAGGAGCUGCUCAACAUCAAGGGGAUCAGUGAGGCCAAAGCAGACAAAGUCUUGGCUGAAGCUGCCAAACUAGUGCCCAUGGGCUUCACCACAGCAACAGAGUUCCACCAACGCAGAGCUGAAAUCAUCCAGAUCUCCACUGGGUCCAAAGAGCUGGACAAGCUGUUACAGGGUGGGAUAGAGACGGGCUCCAUCACAGAGAUGUUUGGAGAGUUCCGAACAGGAAAGACGCAACUGUGCCACACCCUUGCAGUCACCUGUCAGUUGCCCAUUGACCAGGGUGGUGGAGAGGGCAAAGCCAUGUACAUUGACACUGAGGGGACCUUCAGACCAGAGAGGUUACUGGCUGUAGCAGAGAGGUAUGGACUUGUUGGGAGUGACGUUCUGGACAACGUAGCCUACGCUAGGGCCUUUAACACAGACCACCAGACCCAGCUGCUUUACCAAGCCUCAGCCAUGAUGGCAGAGUCUAGGUAUGCCAUGCUGAUAGUGGACAGUGCCAUGGCCCUCUACAGGACAGACUACUCAGGGAGGGGAGAGCUCGCUGCACGGCAAGGCCACCUGGGACGCUUCCUGAGAAUGCUGCUGAGACUAGCAGAUGAAUUUGGCGUUGCCGUUGUGAUAACCAAUCAGGUGGUGGCCCAGGUAGACGGUGCUGCUAUGUUCUCUGCAGACCCUAAAAAACCCAUCGGGGGCAACAUCAUGGCACAUGCGUCCACUACACGACUGUACUUGAGAAAAGGCCGUGGGGAGACGAGGAUCUGCAAAAUCUAUGACUCACCCUGCCUCCCUGAGUCUGAAGCCAUGUUUGCCAUCAAUGCAGACGGGGUGGGUGAUGCCAAGGACUGAGCUCAGUUGGAACCAUGCCAGGAGGUGAGAGCAUGGUUGCAUUUCAUGAGGCCAUGCCCCUCACCCGCCACUGUAGACUUGCACAAUGGCAGCUCUCUUGGGCUGUGUACACUUCCCUGAGGUAAGGGCUAAUAUGGGAGAUGCUGGCCAUAAUGGCUACUUUGCAUGGAGUGUUGCCCAUUGCCCAGAAGAACUCAGUGAUGCACAUGCUCAGGCCAACACUGUAUACAGAUCUGUAUGGCCCUAUGAAGCUGAGAACCAGAGGGAGCUCAGCUUCACAUAAAUGUGGAUUUUUUUUUUCACCAAACCAAUAGACUUAAGAUAAUUCUUGUAUUAACUCCACUGGAGGAUAUGGACUUAUUAUUUAAGAAAUGUGUUGUAUUGUGACUUCGGUUUUUCAAGGAUGUCUGGUUUUCUACAAGUGUUCUUCUUUACAACCAUUGUUUGGAUUUGACAUUCCCACUGUAUAUCAGAUCUAUUCUAUUAUUAAGAGUAGAUGUUUGAGUGAACAUACAAGUACAGACCCCUUGAAACUCAAUUUUUCCUAUCAUUACAGAACUAUCCUUUCUGUAUAAGAUGCAUUGUAUAAAAACCAUUAGGAUACCCUGUCUCUGUUCUACAUCUGAAGUUAUUUGAAUUCUGACAGUUGACAAAUGACCAGUAAAAAAUACCAUGGAAUUGUUGAUCAUUUUUGGCAACAGAUUACCAUACGACAGUGAAUAAACAAAGAUGCAUUUA